AUGCACAGCGAGAUCGAACGCGCGGUGGCCGGAAAAGUCGCCGCAUCCAUUAGGGCUUCUGGGAACGCCUUCUGUCGCGUGACCUUCGCCAUUUGCUCGCGCACGCCGAGGCCGGAGCAGAUGACAGAGACUACGAAGGAUACCGGGGGUUGUGGAACCGCGCUGGCGACCGACGAACAAGCUCUCGAUGUGCUCUUCGAGAUAUUCAAGCAGCAGGUCCCCAAAACAAGCGCCAGAUUCCUGAGCUUGGCUCAGAGCGGCCAGUACGACGGGUGCCCCGUUCAUCGUGUCGUCGCUGGUGGAUGGAUCCAAUGCGGUGACAUCGUUGACGGAAGUGGCGCGAACAGCGGCACAAGCACAGUUCUGGGGGAGCCGGAAACCUUUGCAGUGAAGCACGACGCCCCAGGAGUUCUUGGUGCGUGCCACGCCGCGUCCGGAGAGGGUGGAAGCCAGUUCUACGUGACGCUGAAACCAUUGCAGCCGUUUGACGGGAAAUUCGUAGCGUUCGGUAGAUCAGUCAUGGGGUCUGCAAGUCUAUUAGACCUUCUGCAGCGAAACCGAGGUCUGUGUGACGAAAACACUCAAAGACCCAUUCGGGAUACGUUUGUGGUCAAAAAAAUGGUUGUAUUCUGUUAG